AUGGAAGAGCGAGAGACUGUGCGGCAUUUUCUGAGGGCGACGCCUUCAAAAUUCGACGCACUUACCUUGACACUGGAGCAGUAUAGUGAUCUGGACAAGGUGAACCUUGAUGAGGUAAUUGACUCUCUUACCAUUCAUGAGUUGUGGCUCAAGGAACUGGAAUCUCGUGAAGAGGAGUAG